AUGUUGAGAAGAAAAGCUUCCUCCUUUCUCUUCAAGCGUCUAGUCCGCUUCGUGCCACGGUUCGACUCGUCCAAAGUUUUGAUCGGACAGCCUCAAGAUGACAAUCUUGAUGUCGGGAUUGCUCUGCGUAAAGGUCAAGACAUCCCCGUCAAUAUAUUCUCCGGGUCCUCCGUUCUAUUACCAGGCCAGGAUACCGGAGCCAGCACCAUUAUCGAUCGAGUCUUGUCUCCUCUGGCCGUAACCGAAGUUGGCACUAUUCGAUGCAUUGGAUUAAACUAUAAACAACACGCCGCUGAGGUCGGCAUGUCUCUGCCAACCGUCCCCACUAUCUUCAUGAAACCAAAUACAUCCUUGGGCGACCCCUGGCCCGCACCAACAAUGCUACCGAAACUUACACAGCAGGAAGACUGCGGUGAUUAUGAAUCCGAACUGACGGUUGUCAUUGGUAAGACGGCGAAGAACGUCACCGAAGCGAACGCCAUGGACUACGUCCUAGGCUAUACCGCGUGCAAUGACAUUUCGAGUAGGACCAGUCAGUUCGCGCAGAGCCAAUGGAGUUUCUCCAAGGGGUUCGACGGAGCCUGUCCCAUCGGUCCGACCCUGGUUUCUCCCGCCCUGAUUCCCGACCCAUCGAAACUGCACGUCCGUGGUCUGAAGAAUGGCCAGGUACUUCAGGAUUGUGGUACAGACGAUUUGAUCUUUUCAGUUCCGAAACUGAUCAGUUUCCUCUCCCAAAGUACGACACUGCCGGCGGGGACGGUGAUCAUCACCGGCACACCCGCCGGCGUAGGCAUUGUGCGGAAACCCAAAGUCACGAUUCAAGCGGGUGACGAGUUCGCCGUGGAGAUUCUGCCCUACAUUGGCACUUUGGUCAAUACUUUUGAGAAUGAGAAAUGA